GUGAAGAAUAUGCCAUCCGAUGAACAGUUUUCCUUCGAUUACAAGUGGGACAUCGUCACAAUGAAAGCCAAACUAAUUGCCACAAGCCUGUUGGUUAAGUUGAUGGCUUCCGGCGAAUGGGACAGCCUGGCCAUUUUGACCAAUGUGUACACAGAAUCAACUUUUCACAAGCCAAAAGGAGCAGAUCGAUGGAGCAACGACCUGUACUUCGGGCUCCAGCGGGUAGCCAGUCUCAACCAUUCCAUUAUUGCUUUGGCUACAGAAAUCCCCAACAAGCUGCCUGUUACAGACGAAUUGUUAAAGCCGCUGUUGGAGGGACUCACUAUCAACGAAGCACUGUCCCAAAAGAGACUUUUCAUCUGUGAUCUGCAAAUACUCGAAGGUCUGCCUGUUAGAGAAAACUUUGUUCUCUGCAAACCUAUCGGACUCUUCUUCUUAGACAAAGCAAAGCAGCUGCGGCCUAUUGCUAUUCAGUUAUUCCAGGAACCAGGCCCUGAUAAUCCAAUUUUCACUCCUCUCAGCCCAUCGCUGACAUGGGCCUUGGUUAAAAUGUGGUACAACAAUGCAGACGCUGCUUACCACCAGGCGUUAACACAUCUUGGCAUGACACACCUGCUCAUGGAAGGAGUCACAGUGGCUACACACAGAAACAUUUCCCAGUCUCAUCCAAUAUUCAAACUUCUGGCACCUCAUUUCCUUUACCUCAUCGCCAUCAAUUCACGAGGUCUAGAGCUGUUGGUUUCAGACAACGGAUGGGUGGAUAAAACAAUGAACUUCGGCAAUAAAGGGUUAUUCGCUCUCAUCGUGAAAGGCUUCAAUUCCUGGAGAAUGGAUGUUGAAGGUACAUUACCAGAAGACCUUAAAAAUAGAGGGCUCUUGGAUACCAACAUCCUGCCCUGCUACCACUUUAGAAACGACGCCUUGCUGUUAUAUGAAGCUAUCAAAAAAUAUGUAGACUCGUAUGUGGAUUUAUAUUACACCACACCAGAGAUGCUUACCCAGGACCACGAAAUACAAAACUGGGCGCAGGAACUAGUCAAGCCCAGAAACAAAUCCGAGGGUGGUGUUGGAAUACUGGGUGUUCCAGGAAAUGGAGAAAUCACCACGAAAGCUCAACUAUCUCAGAUUGUCACCUGUAUCAUAUACACAUGUAGCAUCUCCCACGCCUCCACAAACUUUCCGCAGUAUGAAGAAUAUGCCUUUCCUCCCAACUAUCCUGGCCUGAUGCGGGGCAAGCCACCAAAUGAUGCAAAUGCUGCUGUAGCCGAGCGGGACAUUCUCAAUUGCCUGCCGGACAGACCUACCACCUUAGAUAUCAUGAUUGUAACCAAGAUCCUCAGUGCCAAGGGCACCAAGAGCAUUGGCGACUUUGAAGUCCAGUACGUCUUUGAUCCUCAAGCUAGAGAGAUUGUUGAUGAAUUCCGCAGAGAUCUUCGUAAAAUCAGCAAGAAGAUCAAAGAAAGAAAUCUUCAUCGGAAUCCACCAUAUGAGUAUUUGGACCCAGAAAUUAUUCCAAACAGCAUAAGCAUAUAA